UCUUGUCAAGAGCGUGGGUGUGUAAGAUGUGAGAUUGUGUGUGUGUUUGUUUAUUUUAUGGGUUGGUGUGUGAAUUGUUUUAUCACGGGAUUUUCAAGGGGGGACAAUUAGGUUUCUAGCGGUCAGUCUAACAGUUGGAGAGCUGACCUGGUCUGAGUAGGGUGCUGAUGUUUUGUGUAUUUCAUAAGAGUGAUAUAAUUGUGUGCUUUAUUAAGUAUUAAAGUAUUAUCGAUAUUCAUGAAUAUAAGGAGUUAGAGUUGAUGUAUACUAAGUGUUCGUAUUUGAGUUAAGCAAGUAUUGACAAGUGUAAUUGAGAAUCAUACCCUAGAUUAUCGAGCCAUAUGUAUGUAGUAAGGAACUCACCCGAGUUCCCUUACAUUUUCCUUUGGUCGUUAUAGCAUUAUUACCACUCUCUAUAAUAGGAAGAGUCACAAGAAUCAUGAAUGCUUGCUGCAUUCCGUAGCAAAAAAUCCAAAACCAGAAAGAAAUCUGCAGCACAGUGCCAUUCAGGGCAUGAGCUUGCUGGAGAUCCCAAGACAUCCCAACACAAUAUUGUCUCUGAUAGUUUUAUUGAUUCUGAAAAAAGCAGUGUUGAGACAACCCCAAGUGAUGCUUUAUCCUUAAGUGAUAGUGAACCUUACUCUAUGACCAGUGAUGAUGAACAGUUAGAUGAGGCAUCUAGACAGGAUUGUUCCUCUACACAUAUUCCAUUUACUAUCUCGGAAUUAGAAAAUGCUAUGGCAGAAAAGAAGGCAGUAGGAGACAUUUUUCACAUUGGAGACAAUUCACAAAGAACUGAUAUGUCUCUUGUAGAAUUAGCCCUAUCACAGAGAGAUGACCUCUUGAGUCAGCUGGCCUCAUCCCUGAAAUGUAUUCAAGAACUUCCAAUACAAACAGAUGAUUUCACAGCGCAGUUGUGUGUACUAGCACAACACAUUUGCAUGUUGAAAACAAAACUUAAUCAGGCAAACCAAGAUUUACAGGAGCAGUUGAUACUGCAUGAGUCUUCUAUGAUCUCAUUACAAUCUGCCAAGGCUCAGAUACUCCAGCUUCAGAAGAUCAUCCUCAAGAAGGAUGAACACAUCAUUUCCUUGACUCGGGCAACGCAGGCCAACAAUGACAUUGGCCAGGCCAUGAAACUUAAAGAUGACACUAUCAAUCAGUGCCAGAUGAUGCUACAAUCACAGUCAGCUCAGCUUGAUACAUAUAGGCGUGAACUUGAAGCUAAAACUGUCGAGUGUCAGCGCUGGGCAGCUGCACAUGAAGAGUGGGCCGUCAAGGAACACCAGCUCAUGAAUGAACUCACUGCUAAAUCAGAAGAGCUUCUUAAACUGGAGGAAGCUCUUCACGUUGUGAAAUUAGAAGAAAGUGAAUUACACCAAAAGUAUGCAUUGCUUCAGGCCACGAUUGCUGAAAAGGAUUCCAGUGACAGUUCCAUCUUACGUAACUUGGAACAUCAGUUGGCUGAACUGAGAGCAACUCACGAGUCAGAUUCACAGGAAAUAACAAGGCUACAGAAAAUAAAUCAUGACCUGGAAGUUGACCUUACUGAUCACUCGAAACGUCUUUCUCUUGUUGACUCUUUACAACAAGAUUAUGAACAUAUCAUGAACCAGCACUCUGGUUGCCUUCAACAGAUUGAUAAUUUGAACAUUUUAAAUGCUGACAUCCAGCAAAGGUUGUAUUCAUUAGGUCAUACUGAAAAUGACCUGCAUGUUUUAAAAGAACAAUUUAAUAACCUCAGUCUGAAUUACCAGAAAGAAGUUCAGCUGAGGUCAGAACUGAAAAAAUUUCUCUUAAAUUUAACAACAAAUGACAAAACAUCACAGAAUGCUGAUGAUGUAGUGCACAGAGUGCCCUCCCCUUACCACGAGAAUCUCAACACAAACAAUAGUUCUAGUUCUACAGAAAAAGAAGCUAUCACAACUGCAGUUGGUAUUUCCGUCAUUCAGAAGGAUGUCAUAGUAAGCUCCAGCAAUGAAGAUGUUUAUAUGCAACAGAAGAGUGGUGAAAGCGUUUGUGUCCCUGACCUUGAUGACGAGAAGAUGCAUCUCUUAUCUCUCCUAGAAGAUUUAAGAUCUAAACUUGUGAAUAGUGAUACUGUGAUUCAGCAGUAUGCUGAAAAGAUAAGUUUUCUUGAGAAGAAAAAUUCCAGUGUAAAACAAAUGUCCAAAGAUGAAGAAUUGAAACUUCUGAAAACAGAAAUAAUGUCAUUAACUCUGAAGAUUCAAUCUCAGGAAGCAGACUUGUCUAGAGCUACUUCUGAGUUGGCAGAAUCUAAAGAAUCUCUUCUCAGGCUAGAGUCCAAACAUUCUAACAGUCUUGAUCACACUGUACAUAAAAGCUCUGAAGAGGAAGAAGUGAACUUGCUGCAGUUGGUGCAGCAUCACAAAGAAAUAGCCGAACUGCAGUCUCAUUUAGAGAGCACUGUCGCCCAAUGGCAGAAGCUUCAGUUGAUUGUUCAGGAAAAAGAAAUAGAGAUUCAAAAUCUUCAGGAAAACCUUGAUGAGCAGAAACGAAUUUGUAGCAAUAUGCACUCAGCACAUCAGGAAUAUGUAGAAGUUUUACAGUCAGAGAUAGAUACACUUAAGCUUAAACUUGAAGAUUAUCAAGAGAAAUUUUUUAACAUGGAAAAUGAGAUUUUAAAUUUAAUAACUGAAAAGAACAGUAUUCAGAAUGAGCUGAAACAAGCCUAUGAGCAUAAUGGAAAUAAUGGAAAAGAUUCGGUAGAUGUUGAAAUUCAGACUAACACUUCUGCUACUUAUAACUUAGUGGAUGCUGAGAUACAAACUUUCCCCCCAGAAGUUCUAACCCAGGCGUCUUCUAUAGACACAGAAUUUUCUAAUGUUGAGAGUCAAACAAGUCUAAAUAAAGAAAAAGAUUUAGUAGAUGUUGAAAUGCAGACUAACACUUCUGCAACUUGUAGCUUACUGGAUGCUGAGACACAAACUACCCCAACAGAAGUUCUAACCCAGACUACUUCUACAGACAAUGAAAUCCAGAUCUACGGUGAUGCUACUCUGCCUCAGCAAACAGAAGCUGAAAAUCAAACGCAUGGUUUCAAUCAGACCAAGCCCUCAACUAGUCAAGCUAUCUCUAAAGAUUUGAAAAUGAAUGUACCAGAAGAAAGUUUAGUUGAACAAGCAACCAUGAUUGAUAAACUCAGAGAAACCCUCUCACACAAAGAUCUAAUUAUAAAUAAUUUACAAAUAGCAAUAGUUGACAAGGAGGCACAUGUUCAAGAAUUACAAGGAAAGGUGAAUGAUAUUGAAAAUGAACUUUUCACUGUCAAGCUUGACUAUAAAGAGAUUGUGAACAAUUUUCAGUUGUCUGAAGAAAAUCUUGAAAGAAAAACCUGUGAAAUAGCUGCUGAGAGAAAGAAAGCUAGUUCUCAACAGCUUAAGUUGAAAGCCUCCAAGAAGCAGGCCGCUCAGAAAGAUGAAGCAAUAGCAGACCUAAAUAGAAAACUGCUGGAAUACCAGGAACAGAUUUUAGAUCUUAACAGUCAGUUAGUUGAUAGAAAGAGGGAGAACAGUUCAUUGUUGAGUGAGAAUGAUGUGCCAGAAGAAACAUCUUUGCUUCAAGGGAGUGUCCAGACACCAAAUUGGUCAGAGCAGCUGUGGGAUAAAACAACUGAGAUUGCUCGUUUACAUGCUGUCAUUGAAGGCAAAGAGGAAACAUUAUUAAAUGUGAAUACACUUUUAUCUGAAAGUAAUGACAAUGUUUCAAUGCUUGUUAAAACCAUUGAUGAGAAAGAAGAGGAGCUAAAGGGUAUUCAUAAAGCAUUUUUGGACCAGCAGUCAGAACUGUCAACUUUAAAUGACAUUGUUAAUGAGAAAAAUGGUGCCAUUAAUAACCUAAACCAGAAAGUAUCAGAAAUGCAGGUAGAUAUUGACAAUCUACAGGCUGUUAUCACAGAGAGAGAUGUCCAAAUCACAGAUUUAGAAAACAAAUUGCUUGAGCAAGAAAAUAAAGUUUCAUAUCUGCUUGGAAGAGUUCAUGAAAGUGAAGAAAUUGUAAAGUGUUUAAAUGGACAGCUUUCUGUGUCACAAGAAGAAAUAGACAAGCUACAUCAUCUAGUUUUUGACAAAGAACAAGAAAUAUCUGAUUUCAAUAGAAAAUUGUCUGAACUUCAAAACUUUGCUGAUGAAAAUAUGAAGCAGUUCCAAAUAGAAAGAGAAGAAAAGCUCAUGUUAUGCAAUCAGGAAUUGAGAGAACGUAGCCAAGAAAUUAACAGUCUGAAAUUAGUCAUUUCUGAAAAAGAACAAAACAUCCUUUUAAUGAUGCAAAGUUUAGAAACUAAAGAGCUGGAAGUUUUAAGCAUGUCUGAUAAACUGAAAGAACAAGAUGUGAAAAUGUUUGACUUGAAUCAAGUGUUAGCAGAGAAAAAUGAGCAAGUGAGUCAACUACAAUUGCAUCUUUCAGAACCUGCCAGCGAGCUUGUUGAAAUCAGGCAGAGAUUAGGUGAAAGAGAUGAAGACAUCAGCAAGCUUCAUGACAUUGUUGCUCAGAGAGAUGAACAGCUUGAAAAGAUCCACAAGAUUUUGGAUGAAAAAUCAGAAAGUGUUUCUGAACUUAUGGUUAGGAUCUCCGAAAGAGAUGUAAUGGUUAGUGAGUUGCAGAAGGAUAUAAUGGCAACAGACAAUGAAAAAUCUUGCUUGCUGGAGAAACUGAGUGAAAAGGAAAACACAAAUGUAAAUCUACAAACACUACUUUCUGAAAAAGAAGCAGAGUUAUCUGAAUUCACAAAGAAUCAAACUGAAAAAGAUGAAGAAAUACAAAAUCUACAAAGAAUGCUUUCUGAAAAAGAAGUGGAGCUAUCUAAAUUCACAAAUAAACAAACUGAAAAAGAUGAAGAGUUUCAAAAUCUCCAAAGAGUACUUUCUGAAAAAGAAGCGGAGUUAUCUGAAUUCACAAAGAUACAAUCUGAAAAAGAUGAAGAAAUACAAAAUCUACAAAGAAUAAUUUCUGAAAAAGAAGUGGACUUAUCAGAGUCUAUAAAGAAACAAACUUAUAAAGAUGAAGAAAUACAAAGUCUACAAAGAGUACUUUCUGAAAAAGAAGUGGAGUUAUCUGAAUUCACAAAGAUACAAUCUGAAAAAGAUGAAGAAAUACAAAAUCUACAAAGAAUAAUUUCUGAAAAAGAAGUGGACUUAUCAGAGUCUAUAAAGAAACAAACUUAUAAAGAUGAAGAAAUACAAAGUCUACAAAGAGUACUUUCUGAAAAAGAAGUGGAGUUAUCUGAAUUCACAAAGAAUCAAACUGAAAAAGAUGAAGAAAUACAAAAUCUACAAAGAAUGCUUUCUGAAAAAGAAGUGGAGCUAUCUGAAUUCACAAAUAAACAAACUGAAAAAGAUGAAGAGUUUCAAAAUCUCCAAAGAGUACUUUCCGAAAAAGAAGCGGAGUUAUCUGAAUUCACAAAGAAUCAAACUGAAAAAGAUGAAGAAAUACAAAAUCUACAAAGAAUGCUUUUUGAAAAAGAAGUGGAGGUAUCUGAAUUCACAAAUAAACAAACUGAAAAAGAUGAAGAAAUACAAAAUCUACAAAGAAUAAUUUGUGAAAAAGAAGUGGACUUAUCAGAGUCUAUAAAGAAACAAACUAAUAAAGAUGAAGAAAUACAAAGUCUACAAAGAGUACUUUCUGAAAAAGAAGUGGAGUUAUCUGAAUUCACAAAGAAUCAAACUGAAAAAGAUGAAGAAUUUCAAAAUCUGCAAAGAAUGCUUUCUGAAAAAGAAGUGGAGCUAUCUAAAUUCACAAAUAAACAAACUGAAAAAGAUGAAGAGUUUCAAAAUCUCCAAAGAGUACUUUCCGAAAAAGAAGCGGAGUUAUCUGAAUUCACAGAGAUACAAUCUGAAAAAGAUGAAGAAAUACAAAAUCUACAAAGAAUAAUUUCUGAAAAAGAAGUGGACUUAUCAGAGUCUAUAAAGAAACAAACUAAUAAAGAUGAAGAAAUACAAAAUCUUCAACUAAGGUUAUCUGACAAAGAUAAACAGCUUUCAGAGCAUGAAGAAGAAAUCUUAAAAUUGAAUGAGGCAUUCAGGGCCAAAGAGGAAGACUGUGCCUCUCUAAGUCAAAGACUGUCUGAUCAAGCUGAGGAAAUAUCUAAACUGAAUGAAAGUGUAUCUAAUGGCAAAAGCAGAGAUUUUGAGCUAAAUACAUUUUUAUACAAGAAAGAUGAAGAGAUUUCAGGUCUUCAAGAGAAGAUGUCUGAAAAAGAUCAACAAAUUGUGGUCUUGGAAGAAAAGAUGCUGAAUAUAGAGGGUGAGAACAAGAAUUUGAUGAGGAAAUUGGAGGAGAAAGUUGAAGAUUUGAAUCAAGUGCAUACAAAGACCAAUGAAAUUAUGGAUGAACUAGUUGCCUUGAGAAGACAGACUACAGAAAAGGAUCUUGAAAUGAUGGACAUUCGCACAAAGUUAGAGGAAGUUAAGAAGGAAAUAUCUAAGUUAAAUGAUUUACUGGGAGAAAAAGAACAGCAUAUAGUUUGCUUGUCGGAAAGGGCAGAGGAACAAGAAUUAGCACUAGUCAUUCUUCAAAAUAAUGCCAUUGACAAGAAUGAAGAAAUCAUUAAACUACAAAGUAAACUAAGAGAUACAACCAUGAAAGUAAAUGUCUUACAAAAAUGUCUAGAUAACACAAUGCAGGAAAAAAGCAUCUUACAGAAAAACAUAGAGAGCAUUACUGAGGACAAUAUUAAAUUACAGAAGGAAGUAGAGAACAAAGAUUCUUCUCUUAUCAUUGCUCAGACACAGCUCAAGUCAGAGUCAGAAAUGAACUUAGAGUCUACCAAAUUAUUAAAUACUAAAGAUGCUGAGAUUCUGAAACUUAAAGUUACUGUUUCUGAACUAGUAGAAGACAAAGCAAAUUUACAUGAACAGCUGGCAGCAUUAAACAAGGACAGUGGGUUGUUGGGCCAGAAAGAAGAAGAAAUCAAAACAAUGCUCACACGAUUGGUAGAAAAAGAUGAGGAGUUAGCUAAUGUUAAUCAAAUGAUUUUGGACAAGGAAAAGGUGAUUAGUGAUAUGAAAGAAGCACUUGACCUCAAAGAAGAAGAACUGUCACAAUCAAAUAGAAACUUGGUGCUGAAGAAUGAAGAAAUUGUUAGGCUGACACAACUAGUCCAAGAACAAACAGAAAGCUGUCAAGUCAAGAUUUCUGCUGCUCAGCAGCAGCUGGCUGACAAUGAUUCUGUCACUGAGAAUUACAAGAUCAGAUUGUCUGAAUUGGAAGUGUUCCACAAAGAAACACUUGAGAAGUUGAUGCAGAAAGAAGGUCAGCUUGACAUGGUUCAAAGUGAGCUAGAGACAAAGAAACAAGAAAUUCAAGCGUCUAAUUUGAAAUUUGAAGAAUUGAUUAGCAGUAACAGAGAUCUUAGUGAAAGCAUUGUCAAUCUGAAUCAUAAGCUUGAAACCUGUUUGUCUAACCUUUAUGAGAAAGAAGCAGAACUAUGCAAGGCACAACAUGAAUUGUCAGAAAAGGAAAUGGUGAUCGAAUCAACAUUCCUUGAGAGAGACUCCCUCAGUGAACAACUUUUACAACAGAAGAUUAUUCUAAAUGAGUUGGAGGACAAAGUUGGCAGUCUAGAGUCAGAAAUAAGUAUUCAGAAAUUACAUCGUGAUGAUGUAGUUAAAGAGAUGGAAGUCAAGCACAUUGUUGUUUGCGAUGAGCUGAAAGGUCUUAAAUUAGCACUUCAGAAAAAAGAGGCAGAGUACAGCAUUGUAGAGCAGGAUAGAGAUAUAACCAAGUCAAAAUUAUUAGAACUAGAAACUGAGUUGCAAAUACUUAAAAAAGAACUUGAAGACUCCAACUUAGAAAAGCAAUCAUCCAAAGAAAACCUUUUACAAAAUCUUACUGAAAUGCAGCAAAAGAUAAUCCAAAAAGACUUGGAAAUUGCAGAGAUCACAAAUAAACUAUCACAAGAAGAAGAAAAUUGCAGACAGCUAAUGAGCAGCAACUCUAACCUACAAAGAAAUCUUAUUCACCUGAAGUCUUGUUUAUCAAAUCUCUCAGAAAAAUCAGAAGAAAAUCAGUCUGUGAUGAUUGAACAAGAAGUAAGACUACUGGAACAAGAAAGAAAAAUUGAAAAUCUCUUGGCUAAUAAUGUCUUAGGAUCAUCUCCUGAACAAGUUGCUUAUUCAAGUGAAGACCAUUCUAAAAUAGCUGCACCUGAGAAGAAAUCUGACACUAUUGCAGUGGAUAUCUUGACAAGGAAUGACAGAUACCUUCACCUGAUGAAUCAGUUUAUCAUUUUAAGACAGGAUACAGAAGCUAAAGAUCAGCUUCUUCUAGAACAGAAUCUUCAAAUAGAGCAUCAAAGUAUAAAUGUGAGCAACCUAACUGAGGAUUUGCAAAAGCUUCAGAUAACUUUGUCCGAAUCAAUUCAGUCAAACACAUCACUAAAAGCAGAAACUGAUGCUUUGAAGGCUCAAUGUCAGAGCCUAACAGAGUUGGAACACACUUGGAAGCAGAGAAUUUCAUCUCUAGAAACAGAAGUUGAAUCCUUAGAAAACAUCUCAUCCCAUCAUGUGUCAGAGUGUAACAGACUUGCAGAGAAUGUGGCCCAGCUCUCACAAGAAAGGGACCUAAAGGAACAACAACAUAUCAAAGUUACUCAUGAGGCAGAAAACUAUACCAAGGAGUUGAAUGAUAUCAAGGUAGAGCUGGAACACAAAAGUGUCACUGAAAGCAAUCUCAAAGAAACUAUUGUUGCAUUGACUUCUUCCCUGGACAAGAGUCAGGAGGAGAGAGAACUCCUUAAAGCUAACUUUGAUUCCUGCAUGGAAGACAUGCAGCACAAGCUAGCCCAGCAAGAUUUAGAAAUUCAAAGCCUGAGAUCCAAACUAGCAGAACAGGCCAAGACUGUAGGUCAAGGUCAGGAUCAGCUGAAAGAUAUGUUUGAACUUCAGAUUUGUCAGCUAGAGGAGAAGCUGCUUCUUAGUGAGAAACAAGGAGAACUACUAGCCAAAGAACUAGAAGACAGCAAGGCUAGAUUUGCUUCCAGUAAAGAUUUAUUUGAAAGUCAGCUUUCAGACCUGGAGAUAAGCUUUCAGUCAUCUAACUCUGAAGCUGCUAAGCUGAGAGAUCAGCUUUCUAAGAUCAUGAUCAAUCACGAGUGUGAGAUAGCUGGUCUGAAGAGACUUCAUGACAUCCAGGCCAACGAGCUGGAAGACUCUUGUAUUGCCUUGGAGAGAAAUGUGUCAGAGCUAAAGAGGCAGAUUAAUGAUCAAACAAUCAAGUUCAACAAAGAGAGAAGCAAUCUGGAGCAAAGUCUGGAGUUUCAGCUGUCUGACAAUGAGGAGAAAAGAAGGAUCUAUGAGACAGAAAUAUCCAGGCUCAAAAGGCACCUGGAGGAAAUGAAGCAUGACCAUGAAAUGGAAUUGAGGAAUGUAGAGAAAAGCUGUGAAGCACGCAUGUAUGAGCUCGAAGACAAGUGCUGCAUAGCCUCAAAUGAGUUAGAAAGACUACGGAAAAGUUUCAUCGCUGAUGGGGAGUACCCAGAGGAACAACACCGGCUUGAUCUUAGAGUUGAUGAACUUGAAACAAAAAGAAGAGAUCUAGAGAUUCUUAAUAUGAGUCUUGAGGAUGAGGUGAGACAUUUAAGAGAACAGAUGGCAAUGAGGGAAGAAGAGCUUAAGUCUGUACUUCACAUUAUGGCUGAGAAAGAGAGUGAAAGAAGCACAGAGUGUGCAGAGGAAAUAAUCUCUUUAAGACAUCAAGUCUCAGAAUUGUCUCUUGAGAAGAAACAAAUUCUUGAAUCUUUGCAAAAGAAGAAAAUUGAUCUUGAGCAUGUCAUCACCAAAAAUAAAGAUCUUCAGUUAAAGAUAGCAGAAUUAGAACAGUUUGUGGAGGAAGCUGUGAAGUCACGAAAAGAUUGGGACAAUGAUGGAAGGACUACUUUGCCUAGCGUCGAAGAUCUUCGAAGUCGGAUUAACAGUUUAUCAGAGGAAAAUAGCUCCUUGAAAAGACAGUUGUCAGUUCAAGAGAUACCUAGACGUAAACUGCAUCUGAAUUCAGGUGUCGAAACUAUUUGUCCCCCGUAUUCCCAUGCCUCAACAGAAUAUUCCAAAUCAAGUGUUACAGAUGAGUGCUUUUCCCCUGUAGUUGAGCCUGAGGUCUUGGAAGGAUUUGUGGCAGAGAAAACAAUCUCUAUUAACGGCAGUUCUAAUACAAACACCAAUUCAAUGAUAAAUCAAGAGCCAGACUUUGUUGAGGAGAAGAAUGAUAGGUUCCAACCUGAAGUUGAAAGUGAAAGGUUCAUGGAUAGUUCCAACCAGCUGAACAUGCACCCCAUUUGGGAGAAUGAGAUCCAUGAAGGGUUUCAGCCUGAGACGUCUGAUUUGUUUUUAAUUGAAUCUGCUGAAGAGACAACGCAAAGGAUAGCCUGGCCUAAUGAACUUUCUGUAGGUAUGUCUCCAUCACACCACCAACCUGAUGAAUCUCAAUUUGAUUUCAAUUUGACCGGAGAACAAGGGCAGACGCCACAUUUGAAUAAAACAGAAGAAAAGCUUUCAGCAUCUAAAGAAGUAGAUGCCUGCGAUGAUGGCGGUAAUGCAAAUGAAAAGAUGACUGUAAAUGAAAAGCAAAUAAAUCAAAUGAUGGAAGAUCUGGAAGAGCAGUAUGUGAUGAAGCUGAGGAAGCAAGAAUCUGAUUUGCAAUUCAAAUAUGAAGCUCAGUGUGAGCAGUUCAAGAAGGAGACAGAGCAGCAUUUUGCCCAGAAGGUACAAGCUGUCAGGUACGAGUGGGAGCGCAAGUUUACCAAAGCUUUGAGGAAGUUGAAGAGAGACAUGGAUCUGAGACACAGGGAACACACCCAGGAACUAAAGGGCAGAGCGUCGGAUCAAACAGACGCUAGGCUGAGCAGCAUGCCAGAUAUUGCCGAAAGAAAUGAGGAGCUUGGUGAAGUGGUGGAGAAACUCCAUAAGGAGAACCAGGAGCUAGCUGAAGUACGUGAUGAUUUGUUGCGGCAAAUUGAAAUGUCCAGGGCUCGUGGUCUCCGUGAUCGGGUACAGCAUGAGCUUCAGACAAUGCUAACCACACGAGAUUCACAUUCCUUGGAAGUGUCUCGGUCCCGUGAGCUUCAUGAUCGUGUGCUUCAAGAGCUUCAGACAGUUAUGACUCCAGGUGAUGUACAUUCCUUGGCCACUGUGCCUACCCCAUGUGCCAUAUCACCUCCUGUGAGCUAUGAGGACGGAACAUUGGUCAAACAAUCUGUGGAUGAAGCGGAAAGCUCAAAAAGUGAGGGCAGUGACAGUAGCUCCGUCAGGGAAAGUUUCUUAGAGGAGCUUGAAGAAAUCUCUCAUCAGUCUGGCCAAGACUUGCCCUUGGAGUGGGAACUGACCAGCACCGAGACGGGGGCUUUUGAGCAAGAACCAGCAAGCAUCUGGGAAGUGUUUGAUGGCCGCUGUGCACGGCAGGAUUGCCAAGAGGUGGACUCUUUAAGAAUCCAGUAUGAGCAUCAGGUGGCAUCUCUACAGAGGCAGCUGGAGGCCGAGAGAAGAUGUGAUGAUGAGCAACUGGCUCAGAGACAAGAUGACUAUGCCCAGGCAGUGUUGGAGCUGCGUACAAAACUGGACAUUGAACUACAAGACAGUCUUGACCAAAUCAUUGAAGAACUUGGUCAACUUCACACAUUAGAGAUGAAGCAAUUGAUGGCCUCACAACAGGAUGAACUGUCCCUAGAGUUGACUGCCUUGAAACUGUCCAUGGAACAAAUCUACACAACUAAAGCCCAACUGGAAGCAACGCAGCAACAGGAAUUGUUCCAGAAACAGAUGGAAGCCUUGGAGAAAAGGCACGAGGAGGAGCUGAACAGAGUUAAACAUGAUAUUGUUGUACCAGAGGUCCUAGAGCAUUUCAGUGAAACAUUAACAGAAGACUAUAACAAACUAAUACAGAGAAUUAGUCAUGAAUUAGAGACAAAGUUUGUAAGUGACGGUGACAGUGGAUUCGGUUCACACACAUCACAAGAACUUCAGAGUCUUCUUCUGAACCAGCAAGAGGAGAUAACAAUGUUGAGAAGUAAGCUACUGUCUGAGUAUGGGUCCUUGCUUCAAUCUCGUUUAGAAACAAUGACAGAACAUGCUGAGGAAGUGAACAAGUUGGAGGAUCAGAUGAAGGACAUUAAGAACCAGUGUGACCAUCACAUGGAACAUAUACAAGACAGCAUUAAGUCACAGAAUGAAUUUGAGUUCAAAGAGACAGAUGACCAUGACAGAAAAUACCAGGAGAGCAUUGAUCAACUGAAAGAGCAUUAUGAGACUGUUAUUGAGAAGAUGGAGUCAGAGUUCACAGCCAAGAUCAAUGCCCUACAAGACAAAUAUGAAGAACAACUGACUUCCAUUGUACCUUUCAGCACAAGUCUCCACACAGUCCUGGACUCGCAUGCUGGCAAGCAUCAUCCCAUCUCCAGCAGAGAUAACAGCGUGGAGUCUGGCUCCUUCUCAGAGUCUGUUGAGAAAGAUCUGUCAGACCAGCUGAAGAAGCUUGAGGCUGACCUGUUGGAGCGUGACACCGCACAGCAAAAACUGAGGAAUGAUUUAAUGAAUGAACAGUUGAGAUGUGAGACAAUGGUGUCAGAAGUGAGUCUCCUUAAGCAAGCCCUGGACAGCUUAAAGGCUGAGCAUGAAAACAUUGUUUCUCACUCUUCUGAUCUGGAGCUAUUAUUAAAAGAAAAAGAGGAUUUAAUUGUUCAACUAGAAAAGGACAAAAUGGAGAGUGAGAAGUUGUACAGAGACUUGUUAGAUACAGAAUCUAAAUCUGCUGAAACCAAAGAGCUUUCUGGUGCUGGAGAUUCAUUGCAGGAUGGUGUUCACAGUUGUACAGACUUUGUUCAGGACACUCUCCUGAUGGCCAACACCAACAAUAGCAGUUAUGACUGCAAAAACAUGAGUUCUUCUGGCCAUGAAGACAAGGUGGGACGUCUGGAAAAGCUUGUGGAAGACUUGGAGCAUCAGCUGGCUGCAGCAAGAGACAGAGAAGAGGAUUUAAACAAACAAAUGGAGGAAAUGGAACAUGCUUACCAGGAUACGCUAGAGAGUGUCAAACUGGAGUUAGAGCAUGAGAAACAAGUAGAGAUAGAGACACUGCAGUCAGAGUUCAGAGUUCAACUGGAAGUAGAGUUAAAACACCAAGCUGCUCAGCUAAAGAGUCUGUGCCUGGAAAAUGAUGAUAAGGAAGUACUGGUUGCUGAUGACUCAGACCAAAGUCUAGAAGAAAAACUGUCUUUAUCUAUAAAUGAUAUUGUAACUCAUGUGGAUACUGAAACAUUGGCCAGAAGUGACCAGGAGAAACAAAACCAGGAGAAUGAUGGGUCCCUGGUAGCUGAACUUAAACAGCAGCUAGAAGAGUUGGACACUGAAAAGUCUAGGCUUGUAUCUGAACAUGAAGAAGAGUUAAGGGCCUUACAGAAACAGCUGAGUGAAGCUGAAGACAGAUAUGAUCAUCUCAUGCAAGGUAUUGAAGCUGGGGAACAUGCAGAGCUCAGCAAACUUUUCCAAGACAAAUAUGACAAACAGCUAGAACUUGCCAAAUGUUAUAUACAGAAAGACUUUGAUGAAAUGCUGCAUGAGGAGAAGAAAAGCUUAGUAGAGAAACAUCGUAAGCUUAUGAUUGAGUUGAUGGGGGACAGAAGUGAAGAGGAGAAGACUAUGUUGGAGAACCAUCAGAAAGAGCUUGAGCAACUUAGGCAGUCAAUGAAUGAUCAAUUCCAGGAAGAGAGGGACAAGUAUACUGAAGAGAUCUUGAGACUUAACCAUGAGCUGGAGGAGAUGCAGUCCAGUAAAAGUGACCGGGUUGAAAGCAAGCAUUUGACUUUACCUGAAAUUAAUGAAAUUAUCCUCAACUUUCAGGAAACAACAGAAAGCACUACAUCAUCAUUAGCAGGCAGUAGGGGAGAUACAUCAACACCUGUGCAACUUAAUGAUUCCACUGACUCACUCACAGCCUUACACAUGCCUGAAGAGUCAGCCCCUCUGCAGCAGGAUGACUUAAACUCUAGCACAGACAUUCCCAUGAGAACAUUUGCUGAAGUUUUAAAAAGUCCCCCGCCAUUAUCAACGAGUGAAAGACAGGAAAUGAUUAAUAAGAUACAGCAGCUGAGAAGUCAAGUUGAAAGUUUAACUCAACAGCUGGCAGACCUACAGAGAAAUAUCCCAGCUAAUGAUAAUUCUUUAAGUGCCUCCAAUACUCUCAAAGAGGAUGACCCAGCUCUUAUUUCCAUGUUGAAAUCAGACUUGGAUAGGAUUAGUAUAGAAAGAGAAAGUAUUCAGCGUACCAAUGAUCGCUUGUUAAGCUUAUUGUCAGACUCUGUCAAGACCUAUAUUGGAGUUGAAGAUACCAUCAGUAGAAGACUGUCACAAAAUAGUUUAUUCAACAACCUUGUUCUUGAUGGCACCAUCGCUCAUUCCCCUAGGCCUGGAACACUUGGUGUCUCACAGAGUCGAGAUAGUUCACCAGGCACUUGUAGGGUGGAGAAAGAGGAAGAUGGUGAUGUAAGCCAUGACAGUCACUCCAUUGAAAACACCAGCUUCCAAUCCAAUGGCAUUGACGAAGGCCUGGAGAUCUCACAAAGACUGGCUGAGUGCAUCUUUGUGGGACCUGAUUUAGAUGCUGAAGGGGAAGAAAUUUUAUCAGAUGCAAGAGGACGUCUCCAGACUUCAAUCAGCCAACUCCUUGAGCUGAUGGAGAGAUCUUGCCUUCAGUUGCAGGAAGCAAAGUCUACACAACAAGAUCUGCUGGAGGCCCUUGCAGCCCGUUCCAGGGAAGUGGAUUCAUUAAAUAACAAAUGCCUUGAGCUAAACAGCCAGAUAUCUGCAGAAAUUGAAGCAAAAGAAUACUUGGGAUUAGAACUUCAUAAAGCUGAAGGUCUGAUUGCUGGCUACAUCUCCGAGCAUGAUUCUCUUGAAAGUCAAAUCCAGACUCUAGAGCAGCAAAGGGAGAGCAUGAUUCUGGAGUUGGACACAACACGCUCUAGACUGGAACAGUUUGAGCAGUCCCGCUCUGAGCUCGAUUCCUUCCGUGAGGAUCUCAACCACCAGCAGCAAGUCCUACAGGACAAUGCAGGACAAGAAAUACAAGUGGAUGAGUCUCGUAGUGUGCAGGAUUCUGGAGAAGGUAAUCCAGCCCUUCUAGGUGAGAUAACUAGUUUGACCAAGGAUAAACGUGAGCUAGCCAAUCAGUUACAACAACAGCUGGACCUGACGCAUAAGCGUCUGCUGGAGCUUGAGACCCAUUCUGAGGAAUUGGAGCGUCAGCACGAUGCCGCCCUGGAGGAAAAACUUCGUGAAAUAGAGGACCUCAGGCUGCAGUUAGAAAGUGUUGAACGCCAGCUGAAAGCCAGCAAAUCUUUUGUAGAUGAACAAAUCUCAGAGAGGGAGCAAGAGAGAGAAGAGCACCAAAGGGAAAUAGAGAAACUGCAAGAAAUAUUAGAAGCUAAAGAAAGACAACUAAAUGCUCAUCAGAGACUUGAGAUAGAGAUUGCUGACUUAACAGAACAGCUUCAGUCUCGAAUGGCCAGCCAGGGAGCCAUGCAUCAACAUAUCUUAGACUUACAGAAAGCUUUACAAGAUAAAGAACUAAGUGCUCAUGAUUUAAAGGUUUGGGUGGCACAACUAGAGAAAGAGUUGGAUCAAAAAGGGGAUGUCGAGGAGCAGCUCAAGAUGAAAAUAUCUCGGCUAGAGCAGCAGCUGACCAACAAGAGAGAUGACAGCAUACUGGACAGUGCAGAGUCCAGUCUGAGGGACACAGACAAAGAGAGAACCCCACCACUGUUCCUGUCACCAGUGCAUACAGAGAGACAGUCUUCAGUUUCCCUUGAGGAAGAGCUGCGCAGGUGCCAAGAGUUUGAACAGGAAAUGGUCCAUGAAAAUAAAGCUUUGAAAGAACAAGUCCAAGUCCAGCUGCUGCAGAUCUCUGGGCUGAGAAAUCAGUUAGAUGAGCUUAGGCAAUAUAGUGGGAUGGAAGCUGACUCUGACUCGAGUCACUUGAGGAUCAAACUUCAAGCUGCCAGAGAUGCAGUAGAAAAACUGGAAGAAAAGUUAAGUGAAUCACAGAACAGAGUUGAAUCAUUAGAGAACAUGCUAAGAAUUAAAACAGAAGAGUCUGAUCAGAUACGUGUGAAGGUUACCAAAAUUCUGGACAUGGGAGAUGCAGUUGAGGAGAAUGAGCAUUUAAAGAGUCAACUUGAAGAGCUACAAAACCAAGUGUCCCACUUAUCCAGCAUUACUUCACUGUCCAGCCUGCCCCCAGAACUAUUGGAUGAGAAGAAUACAGAAAUACAAGAGUUGAAAGACAAGCUGACAACACUAGAAAAAGAGCUCUCACUUAGCCAGGAAGAAGUUUUGCUUCAAAAGGAGAAAAUGUGUGAUCUUCAAGCUAGACUGAAAGAGAAAGACGAAGAAAUAAAUGAUCUUCAAGAUAAUAUUGCAAGCAUCAGGCGUGGGGAACCAUUUUUAGACAUGUCCCUGCCGAUGAAUGAAGAGGCCAAUAAUUUACUUAAUAUUUCUAUGACUGGUAGAACUUGUAAAACUGUGACAGAAAAUGAAUGGGCAAGUAUGCAUCAAGAGUUUGAAGAGACUAUACUGAACAAAGAGGCCGAGCUUUGUACAUUGAACGAAAAACUGGUGCAGGCUACUCAGGAGCUGGACACGAAGAACCAGGAGUUAGAGAACUUAAAACAGACUCUCUCUGAACUGCAAUCUGACAAGGAUAAAUUGGCACGCUUGGAGGAAGAUGUUGAACACAAAGAUUCUGAACUCUACAGUUUGACAUUGAACAGUGAAGAGAUGAAACAAACAAUCCAGGAACACAUUGAAACUAUAGAGAUUCUGGAACAGGAGAUACAGAAAUGGGAGAAGCAGUUAUCGGAUGUUGUGGAAGAAAGAGACAAACUUCAUUCUGAAAUGGCAGAGAAAGAUGGCAAGCUGGAUCAGUUUCAGAUUCAGAUAGAAAACUACCAGCAAGAAAUAGCCAGUCUGACCAACUUUCAGCAUGAGCUUCAGAAAGACUUUGACACAGUUCAGUCCAUGCUGGAAGACAAAGAAAAAGAAGUGGAAGCUCUGACCCAGGAGCUGACUGACAAUAAGGGUCAGGCAGAGACUCUGGAGACACUGCUCCAUCUAGAGAGAGCUGUGGCAGCACUGCAGAAAGAGGUCAGGGAGAAGCACAAUGUCAUAGAAGAAAAGGAGGAACUCAUCUGUGAGCUGCAGGACAAACUGGAAGAAAUGGCUGAGAAUAAAAAGGAUGAGUUGACAAAAUUAAAACAACAGUUCACAGAGACACAAGAAGAACUCAAGAUAAAACAGACAGCCCUCCUAGACAUGCAAGCAGACAGAGAAAAACUGUUGUCAUCACAAGAGGAGUUAAACAGCCUCCAGAAGAAUUUAGAAGACAAAGAAACUAUGAUUGAAGAGCUGGAAAGUCAGCUGCGACUGCGUCAGUCACGCAUUCUUGAUCUUGAAGGAGAACUAGAAUCUCUAAAAGAAGAAAUGAGAAAGGAGUUAAAAGAGAAAGAUGAAGUGAUAGACAGACUAGAAAACAGAAUUGUCACUGAAGAAGUAACACUUGCAGAAGAUAAUCCUUUAGUUAGUACUGUACAUUCCAAUGGUCUUAUGGAUGAGAACAACUCUGCUCUAGAAGAUGUAUCCUACCAUAGGGCAGCACUGUCCAUUAGAGAGAUAGAGGAGAAACUGGUGCAGAGUUGCCAGGAUCUAAGUGAGAGGGACAAAGAGAUUGAGACACUGCAGGCAGAAAUUCAAUCACUCCAACAGGGAGCUACCGAUGUCCAGCAGCUGGAACUGAAAGUGAAAGAACUACAAGGGCUUCUUCAAGAACAAGAAGAAACAUCACAGCUUCAAAUGACUGAACACCAGAAGGUUAUCUUUAAGCUGCAAAGAGAGUUGGCUGAUCUCAAGGCAGCCACUGAAAGCCAGCCGCGGCAAGAAGCUAGAAUAUCUCGUUCUGCCGUCUUCUCUUCCCUGUCCUCAUCGCUGGAUGAAGAGGGCCAGGGUGCGGUGGGCAUGACCAGGUGGGACUCUGAGCCAGCAGGACUGGCACAGGGCAGUAGAGAGAGCAUCUAUCUGAGACUAAACAUGACAGAGGCAGCCAGGGUGACCAGACAACAGCAGAGGGAACUACACCAGAAGAAUUAUGAGCUAGAAAACCUCAGACAAAACUUAGAAAGAUGGCUGAAAAUAAAAGAUGAAUGUGUAUCAGACAUUGUUGUUAAGGAAAAGGAAACCAUUAUUGUAAACCUUCGGUCUGAGAUUGAAACAAUUAGACAAGAAAUCAGUGAAAAAGAAGAGAUGGUAACUUCACUGAGAGCAGAAAUAGAAAACCUGCGAACUCAUCACACUGAAGAGUUAGCUAAGAGAGAUCAUCAAAUCACUCAACUUCAGGAAGAAAUUUACCUUGUCAAGUCUGUCAAGACUCACACAGACUCCAGCAAGUCUCACACAGACUCCAGCAAGCAGUCCUUGUCUCCAGAAACCAAACAGUCUAUCUCACAUUUGAAGCUACAACUGCGUAAGGCACAUGCAGCUCUUGAAGAGAUGCAAGGGACUCGAAUGAUGAGUGAAGAUGUUGAUGAAGACAGUGAAGAUGUUGCUGCGCAAAAGGUCAAACUGAAAUUGAAAGUGGAUAAACUCAGAGAAAUGUUGAAAUCUAAAGAGGAUGAGUUUACAUUGUUUAAAACAACUGUACAGAUUGAACAGGAUGAAGUUUUGAAGAGAUCCCUUGAAGAACAAAAGCAAAGAUUAGAAGAACAUCACAAACAAGAGCUUCAUGAGUUGAUGUUGGAGUAUGAAGAGCAAAUGGAAGUCAAGGAAGACAAAUCUGAUGAUGAAGACAAGGAAACUGACAGGAAAUCAACUUCUGAAAGUGUAACAUGGACAGCAGACGACACAAUGCCAGAAAGAUUACAGGUUUUACUAAUGCAGCUGAAUGAGCUAGGGGAACAUUUCUUGAGUGUCUCUGACCUGCGCUAUCUUCAGCAGUACUUAUCACCUCUCAGGCUCAACCAAACAGCUCAAGCUGAUUCUGUUAGAAUACAAAACCUUCAGGAAUUUGAUGAGACAGUUGAAGCAAUGAGAAAACUAUUUAGAAGUGUGGAAGCCUUGGUUGAUUCACAGGCAACAGAAACAUCUCAAGACUGGAGAGCUGAAGUCCUUUUGGCUCUAAGUGAUGUCUACAUGAAGGAAAAAGAUCUGAUUACUGCAGAAAUAUAUGAAGCCAAUGCAUCACAUUCUGAAAUGGACAUUUUAACAAAACUGGAGACUCGUUUACAACAUCUGGCUGAUGUACAUGAAAGCAGCAUGGAUAUUAUGAUACAGGCUGACCGGAGGUCACUUGUGUCCGAGCUGGACAACCUGAAACGUGAACUUCUUGAAACAAAACUUCAACUCCAGAAUGUCAAGGAUGAACUAGGUCAUCAAGUUUCUCAUUUAGAAGAAAACAAAUCCAAACUUGAAUGGAAGCUACAGAGGCAAGUUCAAAUGCUAGAAUGUAAGAUACAGCAAGAAGUAGUCAUCCAAGAUGAUCUAAAGAAAUCUCUCAAAUCUGAGCGUCAGCGCUUGUCUGAGCUGACCCUACAGAGCACUCAUGACAAGUCUAACCUGCUGGAAUUACAAUCUGAACUGUCUUCUGCUCAGAUUCAGUUAUCUAAAGCAAGGGACAGUCUCCAAAGGGAACAACAUAGGUUUUCAUCUAUUACGAUGGGAUGGAGUGAGACCUUAGAUGCUUUGGAAGAAGAGAAAGCCAAGAAUGUGAGAUUAUCUGAACUACUAGAGGCCACCAAGAAAACUUUAGAAUUAUUGCGUGAGGAAAUGUCCGAGUCUGACAUAGAGCGACAGAAAAAGAGCCAAUCCGAAGAUAAUUAUAUACAGAAGCUGCAGGAGGAACUUCUCAAAGAAAGACAAAGGUGCUAUCAGUUUUCACAAGCAGAAGAUGAAGCCAGGAGAGAGCUGAGUGAGGUGGUCAACGAAAAUACAUCUCUGCAGAAAAGGUUGUCCAACCUACAGAAAGAGUUAGAAGUCCAGCAGGAGAAAUUACAUAACGAGCAAAUGGAAAGGGAGUCAAACUCACAAAUGGUUUUAAACUUGAAAGAAAUUCUGGCCUCUGAGAGAGAUCAUCACAGAAUUGUUUUAGAAAAAGAGAGAACUCAGUCAUUGGAUUUAAAGAAAGAGAUAGAAACUAUGAAAUCUCAAUAUCAACAGCUUGAGAUUUCUUCUGACCAAACAGAUGGAGUUAAUGGCUUUAAGUCUUCUGACAAUGAAGACAGAUCUGCCCAGUUGAAACUAGUUGAGACUGACAGGGAAAGACUUCGGGUCAAAGUGAACAAUCUAGAACAUGAGCUUGAAAGGAUCCAAAGUAAAAUGGAAGAACUUGAGACAGAGUUAGAACAAGCGAGAAGGACAAGAGAAACUCUUCAUCACACACAGUUGCAUACUGUCGCUCAUUCCAAUGGUGCUAUCUAUAGUACGCUGGCCAAUGAUAACCUGGAAGAAAGACUAGGUGAGUGCUGUUCUAAGCUUCAGUCUGUUGCCCAGCAACUAGACAAUAUGACUUUGACUUCCCACCAGCACAAAGGAGUGUUUGUCCAGAACCAGAACACCUUAGUCUCUGUUGUGUCACAGCUGAAACAGUUGGAAGGUGAAAUCAAAGAAAGGGGGACAACUAUUUCAGAGAAUGGAUCCAGCACAGAACAAGUGAACAGACUACUGGAACACAAUCAACAGCUGGCAGAACAUGUUAGGCAACUGAAGACUGAGAAGAAAGAAUUGGUCAGUUCUCUACAAGACAUUAAGACCAAGAUGCAAGACACCAGACAUAAACAGAUGCAGCUACCUCAGUAUUUGUCAGACACUGCCAGUGAAGACGGGGGUGCAGUCUAUGACAGAACUGUAUGGGCCAGUGAGAGACUUGGGUUACAGAUGGCGCUAGAUUCAGCGGAACAUGAAAUCCAAAGACUCAGGACUGAAAUUCAACAGUUUCGUGCCAAGAUCCAUUCUGAUGCCACACAUGCUGAUGUUGAUAAGACCAGCAGACUGUAUGGCAAGUACUUGCGAGCUGAAAGUUUCAGGAAAGCUUUGAUCUACCAGAAGAAAUAUCUAUUGUUGUUAUUGGGUGGCUAUAGGGACACUGAGCAGGAGACUCUGAUUAUAUUAGCUUCCAUGGGAGGAUUUCCACAUCCUCUUGGCAGCUCUUACAGGAGAAAACGCUCCAAGGCAUUUACAACAUUUAGAUCUGCUGGGAGGGUCAUUAUAGCUAUUUCAAGAAUGAAAUACAUGGUGAGAAAGUGGAAAAGAGCAACAAGAGUAGGUUCCCCUGUGAUGGCUGGUCAAAUACCAUCACACAUUUCUUAUGUACCAAGUAAUUCAAGUUAUCCCAAGCACAAGCGCCACCAGCCCAGUUACACAGAGCAGCCACAAGCCAGCAGAGAAGUCUUCUCCUCGGAGGCCUAUUACAAAAGUAGUGACGACUAUCUUGCAGCUAACGGUGCCACCUCAUCAGCUCCAACUCGUCACCAUAGUUUCAUUACAACACCGCCAACUAGAGACUUGCACAGGUCCUCUAAACCUUCAGGGAAAGAAAGAACAAAAAGAGAUCUAUUUGCUGUAGACAAGACUCUCUCUAGUGAUAGAUUACAGAAUGGUGGUCAUAAAGUAGAGGAUAGUGAUGACUUUCUUCUGUAUCUUCAGAAUAUUCACAAACAGUUGAGCGAAGGAGAGUUUGGUUCUGGAAGAGACUUGCAUACCAGCAAUGUUAUGGAUCACAGAUCACGUGGAGGCCUGGACAAAUAUUAGUCGUACCCUAUUCCUGCAAAUAGCAUUAGUUGUCAACUUCCAAGACCAAAUUGUUUACUUUAAUAUGUAAAUAGUAUAAUGUAAAUUGUAUUUUGUACAUUCUAUGUUAUAGAGCCCUAUUACAUUCAUAGAACUCUUUACUGUCUUUUGAUGAAACUUAAAUUCUUGAUCACAAAAUAUUUUAAAUUUUGUAAUAAUUAUUAGUUGUCAUUUAUGUGUAAGUUUUGUCAGAUCUAAGUAGAUCACUUAAGAUUCAACAUGUCCAGUUAUGUACAUUUGAAGACUGUGUAUAGAAGAGUCAAAAUCAAACCUUUAAGUUCAAUGAAAUAGACUGAAUAGAGAAAUGUUUUAUUGCAAUGAUCAGGUGUUGAAUAUGUUAGUGAUUGUUUGUUCUGUCUAAUGUAGUGUACCAUUUCAUUCUAUAUAGAAAUGAUCAUAAUGUAACAUUUGGUAAAUCUUAUGGUGUCUCAUGCUGUUGUUUCUAAUGUAUAGUGUGGCCACUAUUGCUGAGAAUGAUCUGAAACUAUGCAGUACUCUCACCCCACCCCCUCCCAGACUGUGAUAAUGUGGACACAUAGUCAAUCCAACUUGUUUUGUUGUUUUUUGUCCUUAACUACUAGUUAGUUUUGUUCCUCUUCAGAAAUAUGUUAUACUUUUGUUUUUGUUCAUAGUGAAUACUCUCGUCAGGACUACUUCAAAUAGUUUGUAUUAACUCCACUUUUAUAUACAACUGUAUCAUGUGACCUUUAUUUGGUCAUGAUUCCUAAUUACUAGACAUGUACUAAGUUGAACCCUAACAUGUAUUUUUAAUGUCACAUCAAUUUAUCAUGUUUCCUGUGUUUUUGUUUUUAUUCACCAUGUUUCAUAUCAUUGCCUUUUUUAAUUGAUUGGCCUCAAAUAAAAGUUACUUAUUUUAUUAUUCAAA